CUGUUCGUUAGCAACGGAAGCCUCCGAGAAAAUUCCAGCAUCUACAACAGCUUGCUUAGAUAGAGGAACCAUCCCCGUGUGAUUAGGAAGUUUGUGAACAUUAAUCGAAUUGCAAAAGUGUAUGUGUGUGCGUGAGUGUUGGAUUACAAGCUGCUGCCAACCAACUUUUCCGCCCAUUCCGAGUUGCCUGGAAACGCAGUGGUUUCGGUGGUUAACUAGAUUUCCACAACAUUCAAGAAGACAUCGUAGUAGGCGAUCGGUGCGUGUGUUUCAUUCACAGAGUUUUCCACCAUCAUCGAUUCAGAACGGAGUGGAGUGAAAUGUGACGAAAAAUUCCGCACGCAUACUCUGGCAGCUCUCCAGUUCUGGGGGUUUUCCCACAUUGAGUUGGUUCUUUUUGCUUUUCAAUGGGGAUGCUGCUGCUGGGGAGAGAGAUUUUCGUCCUCCUCGCCCUUUGUUAGCGCUCUGAUACACGGAUGUCAGUGCGGAAUGGAUUAUGAAAUUCGCGUUCUGCUCGGUUGAAAACGAGAAGUUUUAAUGUGAAAUCAGUGAAGAGUUGAAGAUGAGUGAUUAAUCUUGAGUGUGGGUUCAUGUGUGGAAAUCAGUGAAUUGGUUUUAGCAGUAGGCCGACAGGUAGAAGCAAGCGGUGCCAUAAACUGGACAAUGUCGCUAACAGCAGCGCGAAGAGAAGAGAAUUUGAACAAACCGAAUCGCAGUAAGCCGCAACAGUUGCCGGUGAAUCGUCUUCGUCGCGUGCUCAGUGAUAAUCGUCGUCGCCCAUCAGGUGCGAUUUGUGAAACUACUACUGAAAUGAGGGGUUUAGUGUGAAUCUUACCGAGUCAGGUUUGUCUCGACGUGAAGUGUUACGAAUAAUUCAAGAUAAAAAAAACCAUUGUGAUUUUUUGUGGAGAGUUGUGUGAAUUGUGAACUUUGUGAUACAAUACCUGCCAGCACCAUGUGGUCACCGGAAGCGGAAAUCAACUCAAUUGCCUUUACCACCAUGCGGCACUCGGUGUCUGCUUCGUCCGGAAUUUCGUCCCUGUCCAGUUGCGGUGACCCAGAUCGUCUUCCAGAGCUGCCACCCGGAGAUGAGCAGCGCUUGCAACGGGCCGCCCUCAACCUGCAGCAGAAGCUAAUCCUGCGGGAAUGGCUCAAGGAGCAUCGACUGCAGCAUUACUAUUCCAGAUUGGUGGCCAUCGAGGUGACCUCCCUCGAGGACGUCUAUUGGCUCGAAGACUCCCGGGCCAGCCAGAUACUGGGCAAAGACUGGCCAAUCUGGUCCCAGGCACGCCAGAAGCUGCCCACCUCCAAAUCGAACCUGGAAGCGUUGAAGGCCGACCUCUGGUCAACCGUGGUCAAAUCCAGCCAGCAUCAGGACGCCUGGACAUGGGGCGGAAUGUUGGUGGUCUCCGUCUCAGUGGCGGGCCUGGUAACCCUGGCGGCCAUGACACAGCCCUCGUUGGCACCGGAAGCACGACAUUCCCUGCUACAGUACGUAACUGGCAAGUAUCUGCUACCGGCCAACUGCAAGGUCCACUGGGACUGGCAAGAUCCGGCCAUUGUCGGUGGAACCAUGUGCUUCACGGUGCGAUUCCAUCAACGGAACGGUCAAGCCUACCCCAUCUGUGAUACCGACCAGUUCUUCGUGGAAGUGACCGAAGGUACCCGCAAGAUCAUCACCAUCAGUGAGCUAGGAUCUCCGACCGAUCCGAACAACGCCAACAUUGCCAAGGUCAAAUUCACCGUCCGAACGGCUGGACAGUACAAAAUCUCGGUGCUGAUCGGGUCGAGUCACAUCGCCGGCAGUCCCUUCCUGAAAACAUUCAUUCCUGGUCCGAUGGACGCUCGACGAUCACGACUGAUCCGACCGGCCAGUACCGUAGUCUGCUGCGCUGGAGCCCCAACAUUCCUGCAUAUCGAACCACGUGACGAACACGGUAAUACGUGCCAGUUUACGCCCGAAUGCGAUCCCAUCAAAGGUUACAAGAUCGACAUAUUCGACCUGUAUGGCAGCCAAAGUGAUAAAUACUGCAACGCGAUCACGCUUUCCUACGAUAAGGUCAACUCAAGGAUCAGCCUCACCGCACUGUUUCCGGAACCCGUGUGUCUACGGGCGAUCAUCAGCUACGAGACGCAUCCGAUCCCAAAUGGAGAGUUCGACAUUAUCGUCCUGAGCAGCAGCGACACCACGCUGGUGCAUAAAAAUAUUGCUUCAAGGAAGCACAACAUUUGCUACGAGGCUAAACUGUUUGGCGUUUUCGGCCAACAACGGUGGUCCAAACCGCGGAAGGUGCUAUGUUACGUCGGACCAAAGCAGGUCACCAUCAAGGAGAUGAUCCUGAAAAUCAUUCCAAAACGAAUCGCCACUUUCCGGUUGUGCCCAUCUACGAAGUUCCACUUCCUGCCGCCGUCCAACAUCCAGGUGAACAACAGCCAUGGGGCGAUCUUCAUCAUCGACGACGGUUGUCAACCGAAGAUCGAGUUGGCCUCCAAGGAGCGAAACGUGAUCGCGGCCACCUUCACGCACUUCCUGCUCAAGAACAUUGGCGGUUCGGAGACGUUCAAGGACAAGCAGGACUUCUUCUACCACGAAGUGAGACUCGUGCGCAAGUUCCAUUCCAAUUACUACCACGAGAAGAUUUCGGUGAAGGUUCAGCGGGACAAGAUCCUCGAAUCCAGCAUGAAGGCGACAAAGCAUUUCUCCGUGUCGGAUUGGUGCGGUAAUUUCGAAGUUACAUUCCAAGGCGAGCAAGGAAUCGACUGGGGUGGACUUCGACGCGAAUGGUUCGAACUAAUUUGCAGCGCACUGUUCGACCCUCGCGGUGGCCUAUUCUGUACAUUCCAUGACAAAAGACAAGCAUUGGUGCAUCCAAACCCCAAUCGACCGCCACAUCUCAAAUUAAAACACUUCGAGUUCGCCGGCAAGGUCGUCGGCAAGUGUCUGUACGAGAGUGCCCUAGGGGGAACUUAUCGGCAACUGGUGCGGGCGAGGUUUUCCCGUUCGUUUCUGGCGCAGUUGAUUGGCCUCCGGGUGCACUACAAGUAUUUCGAGCAGGACGAUCCGGACCUGUAUCUGUCCAAGAUCAAGUACAUCCUGGACACGGAUCUGGACACCAGCGAGAAUCUCGAACUGUACUUCGUCGAGGAGAUAUACGACACGAGUGGUCAGUUGGUGAAAACCAUUGAACUCAUUCCGAAUGGAGCCAAAAUAAGAGUCACGAAUGCGACCAAGAACCAAUAUUUGGAUGCCUUGGCACAGCAGCGACUGUGCAACAACGUGCGAGAGGAGAUCGAUAGCUUCCUGAAGGGGUUGAAUGGAGUCAUUCCGGAUAAUUUGCUGAGCAUAUUCGAUGAGAAUGAAUUGGAGCUUUUGUUAUGUGGAACCGGUGAGUACUCGAUUGCCGACUUCCGAGCGAACCACAUAGUGAACGGAGGUUCGCCAGAGUUCCGAAGAGUGCUGGGAUGGUUCUGGGCAGCGGUGGGAAAUUUUUCACAGACGGAAAUGGCGCGACUGCUGCAGUUCACAACCGGCUGCUCACAGUUGCCACCCGGAGGUUUCCAGGAACUGAACCCACGAUUCCAGAUAACUGCAGCCCCAACGUUUGGAAACUUACCAACGGCACAUACAUGCUUUAACCAACUAUGCCUGCCAGACUACGAGAGCUACGAGCAGUUCGAGCGGGCUCUCAUGUUUGCCAUCAGCGAAGGCACCGAAGGCUUCGGAAUGGUCUAGAGCGCCGAAGCCGAACCGGAAGUGAACUCGAGUGAACCGGAAAUCUCAACAAACACACACAAAAAGCACAAAGCAAACAACCUUGCUAUAUGUAGUAGAGUAGUUCUCUAGCUGACCAAGAAGAAUAUACGUCAAUUCUAUGAAUUUUACAACUUUUUCGGGAAUGCAUUUAAUAGAAAUUCAAAUAAUAUAACAGAGGAAUGGAAAAUUCGUUAUCCACUGAAAGGUAUGAAAUAAAUUAAUUUACCUUUAUUACCAAAACUAAACCGUUGCAAAAACUGUAGUUAUCGCUUUGCAUUUCAUAACGAUAUAGACUCAAACAAAAGGCAAACUUAAGAAAACGCUUUUUCGUAUAGGCAGCGACUCUUUUCAAUACAUAGCAUAAAUGGUAGGAAGAGUACGGCAAACUUCUCUUAUAAAGUGCCAAACGUGUUUAAAUCAAAGACAAAUUCCAAACAGUUUCGUUUUUGGGAAUCAAUUUCAAGCAUUUGUGCCAAAUCAGUUAGAACACGAGAGUCGCCUCAAAUGGUUUGCCUACCGCAUCGUUUGUAUUUUAAAUUAGCGAUUUAGAAGUUGUUUUGAAAUAGUGAAAUAUUCGGAACGGAUAUUAGUAGUAAAAAGAAGAAACAUACCAGUAUAAAAACGAUCUCAUUCAAAUUUGGACAACGCGCCUUAAACAUAUAGGAAUUUACAAAUUCGAAACCAUUUGAUAUCACGUGGGAAAACCCACGUUCAAAAGAUUUACAUUUAAAAGUAUAAGCGAGUAAACCAAAAGGAAAAGAGUAAAACACAUGUGAUUUGUAGAUGGUUAAGCGUUAAAUCCCUUACAUCAUAAAAUCAAGCUCACUCGAAACGUAUCAACAAACGGCUUUCUAUUAUUUAACUUGAACCAUUCCAUGUUAAAAGAAAUAAGAUCUAUUUUGAAACACAAGAUUAAACGAAUCCCAGUAAAAAAUAAACCUGAUUGUGUGAAACUUUAGAAAACAAACCAAAACCGUAGGUCCAAAUGUAAUCUGUAAUCGUUUCGUUUGCUAGUCAACCAAUAGGUAUACUUGUUCGAGGCAUAUCGCCACAUAGUACCGCAUAGCAAAUAACCAAUUAGAUAUUAUCGCCAUAAGAAUCCAACUAAAUUGUUACCCACCAUCAACCGAAUUACUUUACACCUCUUUGGGUCGCCGAUUGAACAAUGCGCCAAUUCCAACAAAUCCAUGAUUGGUACAAACGUCAAUAUUCGGUUAGUGAACGGCAAAUCAAAGCAUUCAUUCGAGCCCACAUUUUCUCCGAUAAACAGUCAAUGAAGUUUUCUCGAUAGUCAUCCUAAUAAUAAUUCCUCAUUACGUAGACCAAAGCUC